AUGAAAGUCUUUUCCAACUCGGAAACAUUCAACUACUCCUGGGAGGAAGUAUCGACCGCCAACUGGCGGAAGUACUGCCCAUGGAACCAAAAAUCAACCCAUGUGGUCGCCGUCGACACCGUCAGCCGGUCGGUCGACCCCGAGACGGGCAUUCUGCGGACAGAGCGCCUCAUCACCUGCAAGCAAUCCGCGCCCGACUGGCUCAAGAGCAUACUGGGCGGCUGCAUCGACGAGUCGCAGGUGUUUGAGACGUCGUAUGUCGACCCGCGAAGCAAGACGGUGACCAUGGUCUCGGCCAACCUCACGAUGAGCAACCUCAUCAACGUGCAGGAGACGGUCGUCUACCGCCCGCUCAACGACCACCAGACGUCCUUCGAGCAGUCGGCACAGAUCACGGCGCUUUGCGGUGGCUGGCAGCGCAUUAAGAACCGCAUCGAGGACACCCUCGUCAAGCGCUUCCACGAGAACGCCAUCAAGGGCAAGGAGGGCUUCGAGGCCGUCCUCGCUAUGAGCCGCCGUGUCUUCGCCGAGGAGCGCGAACGUGAGCGGAUGAUGCUCAUCCAGUCGCAAGCCAGCAACAUCCGGUUAGCGGCGGUCGCUGCAUGA